AUGUCGUUCGACCUCACCCAUGUCACGGACAUGAGCUCCAGCUUCACCAUGUCGGACGACAUGGCCGGCAGCUUUCACAUGGGCGAGACACCCACCUCCAACCUGUCGCCCUUCGAGAGCUCGGCCUUCGGCAGCGGCAGCUCGGUCCUGUCCGCGUUCGAGCCGCCGACGGACGAUCCCCUGGCCAUUGGCCAGGCGGCAGCGCUUGCGCACCUACUGGAGGACCAGUCGGCCGCCGAUGCCAGCCUGGAGGAGCUGGAGGCGGUGAUCUCGAAGCUGCAGGCCAUAUACUUGUACCGUCAGGGGCUGAAGGCUCUCACGGAGGAGCGCGUGCAGGGGGUGGGCGAGCCACAGGGCGCUGGGGCGGGGGGCCCGUCGCUGGCCCCGGAUCUCCAGGCCGCCGUGCUGGCCGGCGUCCGCGCGCCUGGCAACCGCUCCGACUCGUUCAGCUCGGCCGUGCCCGGGUCGCCCAACUCCAUCUGGCGCAUGAACGCCGCCACGGACAUCCCGGCGAUGCAGUACCCCUCGGGCGGCGGCGUCCUGCCGGCCGGCGGGGACUUCGCGUCCUCCCUGGCGCAGCUCCAGUACCAGCAGCUGCACCAGGACAUGGUUCGGAGGUACAAGAGAAGCCGAAGCGGGGGCCGCCAGAACCGCUUCCCGCGCCGCAGGACCCACCGCCGGCAGGCCAGCAGCCCCGCUGCGCUGCGCCCUCCCCAGUGGGCGGACCCAUCCUGGCACCCCAUGACGGCGGUGCUGGCCAAGGGGGAGCAGGCGGGGGCCGGAACGGGGGUGUUCAUACCUGCCCAGGGCCCUGGGGGCGAGGCCAAGCAGCAGGAGAUGGACGACGCCGGCCCGGAGUCUGCUGGUGCAAAGAAAGCAACCGCAAACGACCUCCCUGAAGAGUGGCUGUACUGA